ACAUGACUGACCAUUGUUCACCCAUGUCUAUUACCCAACUUAUCAAUAACGAACCUAACCAAAAUGAUGUUAGACUAGCAGCUGAAGCUUUAGGUGAUUUAGCUACAUCCACCAAACUCAGUAACUCAACUAAUAACACCAUGAAAUUACCACCAUUAUCAGUUAAUUAUUCUAUUCCGUCUACAACAGCAAGUUCACCAUUACCAACUCCAUCGUCUUGUAUGUCCGAUCCACCAAGAUUUUCUUUCUCAAGUGAUGUUUCUUCUGUCAUGGAAGAAGAACCUCUUUUAUCACAACAACAGGAACAACCUUUUAUUCAUCGAGUAUCCAAUAUAUCUCUAGUUAACUCAGCACUGCGUGUUUACGAAAAAUCAACAGCUCAGAAUGUUAUGAAAUAUGGUACCGACAUGGUGGAAUCUUUCGCGGCACCUAUUUAUGACAAAUUUGGAAAAGGAGCUUAUGCUACAACUACAAUGACUCAAGAUCAUCAUCAUGAUGAAGAGACAAUGGCUGCUGUUAAUGCUCUUGCUCGUACUACUCUCUCUGAUGAAAUGGAACCUGAUGGUGUACGUCGACGCAAUGGUCGCUUGGAUGAAGAAAAUAUCAACAGAAAGACUCGAUCUCGACCUCAUUCUCGUUCCACAUCACCACAUCGUCCUUAUAUCAAAUCAACUUCUUCUCCUCGUCAUCAUCAUCUUACUCAUCGAUCAAAACUCAACAAAUCCACUAGUAGUGGUAGUAGAUGGCAACGUAUUGUUAUGCACGCUGGAUCCGCUGCUGGUACAACUGCUGCUGUUGUUAGUGAAGAGUCAAUGAAAUGUUUACGUUAUUGUCUUCAUUGGUUACAAUAUGCAACACAACAUAUACAACAACAAAUGAAUUUAUUACGAACUUUCUUGGUAUCACUAGCCACUUCUUCCAACAAUAGCAACAAUAAAACAGUCUCUCGACAACAACAGUCUUCUUCAGCAAGUACAUUGGCAGCUAUUCAAAAAGAAAUCAUUCUAACGUUACGCAAGGUAGUCGAAGUGGUGAGUCGUUAUGCUGGUGUUGGUUUACCUAGUCAUGCCAAAGCAAGUGUACGUUCCUUUAUAUUACAAUUACCAAGUCGAUGGGCUACUUUGAACAAUAACACUACAAAAUCUCAUGAUGUUUCAGGUGAUGAUGAUACUUCUUCUUCUACUCCUACUGAUGGUGUCCCGGAUCAUGUUAAGGAAACAUCUAUCAAGUUACUGAAUUUUGGAGGCGAAUCAGUAGAAAUGUUGGAAUCUGUGUCCACGGUAUUUUCCGAUUCCAUUGACCGUGCUGAACUUUGGUUGGAUCGUUUACGUGUGGUUGGUGUGACCCCUGUUUCUCCUUCUCUUCAAAAAAAGCAACAACAACAACAAAUGCAUGUGGAUUGUAUGGAAACAUAAAGAUGAUACCUAUGAUUAGUUAGUUUUAUAUAUAUAUUUAUUUACUUAUAUUUUUUCAUAUACCUUCUUUUAUAUUUUUUUUUUCGAUUAUAUCCAUCAUAUACAUACAUUGGUUACCUUUUUUUUUUUUGAUUCUUUCUUUCUUGUUUUUCUGAUAUUGAUUUUACAGAAAUAAAUCACUUGUUUUUUUUUUCUCUUCUUAUUCACCUCGUUUUCGAUUUCCC